UAACAAACAAGUCUUAAAAUAGACACAUGGCCAGCAGUAGCAACAUAGUCAGCGCGGCAGCGCUUUUCCUAGCAAUAAUGGCGGCGGCGGUGCAUGGGCAGGGAACUCGGGUCGGGUUCUACUCCACCACCUGCCCCCGCGUCGAGACCAUCGUCCGGUCCGCGGUCCAGUCCCGGUUCAACUCCGACUCCACCGUGGCCGCCGGUCUGCUGAGGAUGCACUUCCACGACUGCUUCGUCCAGGGCUGUGACGGCUCCGUCCUCAUCUCCGGCGCCGGCACCGAGAGGACCGCCAUCCCAAACCUCUCCCUCAACGGGUUCACCGUCAUCGACGACGCCAAGACCCAGCUCGAAGCGGCCUGCCCUGGCGUCGUCUCAUGCGCCGACAUCCUCGCCCUCGCUGCUCGCGACGCCGUCGUUUUGGCCAAUGGACCAACUUGGGCGGUCCCCACCGGACGGCGGGACGGGAGAAUUUCGGUGGCACAAGAAGCUUUGGACAACUUGCCCGGACCCUCCGACUCCGUUGACUCCCAAAUCCAGAAGUUCACCGACCGCAAUCUCAGCGUUCAGGAUCUUGUCACUCUCACCGGAGGACACACGUUAGGAACGGCGUCGUGCGCGACGUUCAACAACAGGCUGUUCAACUACCAGGGAACCGGCGGGCCGGACCCUUCGAUCGCGGCGGACUUCCUGCCGACCCUCCGGUCGUUCUGCCCGCAGAACAACAACGGGGCGGCGCGGGUGGCGAUGGACACGGGGAGCCAGAACCGGUUCGACACCUCCUACUUCACCAACAUCAGGAACGGGCGUGGGGUCCUGGAGUCGGACCAGCGGUUGUGGUCGGAUAACCGGACCGGGAACUUCGUCCGCCGGUACUUGGGCCUCAGUGGGCUGUUGGGCCUGACCUUCAACGUCGAGUUCGGGCGGGCCAUGGUUAGAAUGGGCAAUGUUGGAGUGAGGACGGGGACCAACGGGGAGAUUCGCCGGGUCUGCUCCGCCGUCAAUUAGUUGUUGUUGGUUCAUGAAGUUACAAGUGGAAAGGAAGAUCCAAGUUCAUUGCAAGUAGAGAGCUUGGAAGUAUUGUGGUAGAAAAAGAAAUUUUCUGGUUUUUUUUUGUUGUUGUAAACGUGUAAUAAUUUGUCUCGUAUGCAAGGAACCGGGACAAAUCGUGGUUAAGGGGAACCCCUUUUAAGAUAUUUCAUUUUCUCUUUGUGACUUUUCUAUAAAUAAAAAAGUUCUCUUUUGUGACGAUCAAAUUUAUUCCUAAAACAAUAAUCACAAUCAUUAA